CCCUGACGUCCUCCACCAGCGGCCCGGGGUCCUCCCCGCCGGCCCCCACCACGCUGCCUUCCCAUGCUCCCAAUUCUUCCCCCAUUGCCUCUGCUGUUUCAAAGACUUUUACUCGUAGCAGAGUCUCUUUCCCUGUCGUGUCAAAACCUACACAUUUUUCCACAGCGAUUGCAGAAAUUUCUACUACUAAGCCUGCCUCAACGUCCUCUUCUUUGAUUAACAGUGAUAUCACUGCCACUGGCAAAUUCACCAUAUCCCCUGACAUUUACACUUUUUCUACUUUCUCAUCAAGCACUGUUUUCAGUCCCUCCUCUUCAGAAAAUUUCAGGAGUGCUUCCACCCUUGUCAUUUCCACUCCUAUCCCAACCACAAAACAAAUCUCUUCAGGCAUUACCUCUGCUGAUGUAUUCUCAACAAGUAGCAUUAUCACAUCCACAAGCACCUCACCUCCAUCCACUUCUUUCACCCCUUACACCUCAAAACAUAUGACUCCAUCUUUUGUUCAUACGAGCAGCACUAUCCCAACAUCAAUCAGUAUCUCCACCUCCAGCAGUAUCACUCUUCCAUCAAGUACCACUUCUACCCUCACCUCCAAACCUACGCUUCCUAGCGAUUCUGUAACUCCUUCAAAUAUCAUCACUCAUUCCCCCACCUUGCACAAUACAGAUGCAUCAUUCAGUGUCAUCAGCACCUCUGCCUCGCUGCCUCCCGUGACAUCCUUUUCCACCAGUACCCAGAGCUCUGCCACCCCCUCCUUCACUACAGGCAUUGCUCUUACAUCUGCAGGCUCCUCCACCACGUCUACCGGCAGUACCAGGAUCACUCAGACAGAGAGUCCCACCUCAUCUGCAGGGAGCACAAAUGUGAUGCACACAAUUGGUGAAUCCACCUUGGCAUCCACUAUCAUUGAUACCUACAUGACACCUACAACAAUAGGACCUCCCUCUUCCACUCAAGCUACUACACAAAUAGCCAAGACGAGGGAUGCAACGUCUCUUGCUUCAUCCACUUUGAAAACCAGUCUCACUCCUACCAGUACCAUUUAUUCAGAGUCUCUCACGACAGACAUUACUUCUACUUCUGCAGUCACAUCAUCAGUUACUCCAAUGAAUACCAUCCAUUUUCAGACAUCUCCCAGCUCUACUCCAGCGACCACCAGCACCAUCCUUACAUCAUCCACAAGUAUGCCUCCGUCAUCUUUUUUCCCAGCCACAGAGCCAGUCCCUAGUGGAACCUCUGACACUACUACUCUGUCCACCUUGAUCCCCACAAUCCUUACUACCCAAGCCUCAUCCACUUCUCCAUAUCCCACUAGUACUUUCACCACUACCAGGUUAGAAACCACUCCCACCUCUUCAACCUUAGCUUCCUCCAUCACAGCAAUUUUCCCCACUUCCCCCACCACAGAAGUAGCGAAGAGUGGGACCACAAGCAUGAUAACAACACCCACCUCGAAGAUACCUUUCAGUACUUUAAGUGUUUCUCCCUCAUCACCUUUCCCUAUGUUGAGUACUUCCACUAGUGCAGUAAUGACCCCUUUUAGCACCAUCAUCUCCUCUUCAAUACCCACAAUAACAAUGUCCUCUUCUCUAUCUUCCAUUAGUGCAAGUUCAGUGCUCACUACAACUACUAAAUCUUUUCCUACCUCCUCGCAUAUCUCCAGUACAGAAAUCACCAGGUCUUCUUUUGUCAGUGCUUUUCCCACUCUUUCUAUGUCUGAAACUACAAGAACUUCUCCAACCAUGUCUCCCCUAAUGACCUCUCCUACCAAAACAACCACUGUAUUGACUCUCUCUUCCUCUACCCAGUGUCCAGAAUCUAUAUCAGUUACCAUAGUGUCUGCUUCUCCCACUACACCAUGUAUAGAAGUAGAUACAAAUAAUGAAGUUACUUCUGUGUCUACCGUCCCAUUAUCCAUUUUCACCUCUACUACUGAGAUGGCCACCUCCCCCAUUUCCACCGCGGUGACAACUGGGUUUCCUGCCAAAACGGAUGCUUCUACUUCAGUUCUGGAAACUGAGCCCACCCACGUAACGGAUGCUCCCAGUUCUAUCAGCACUGGAACCAUCUCCAUUAACACAGUUUCAACAAGCACACAGAGGCCCAGCAGCGGAAUCUGGAUGAGCACCAAGUCUGUAACUACCCCACGUGUGCCUGGCUUCACUAGCCUCCCACUGACCACGAAACCAAGGAGCAGCUUUUCAACUGCCAUGAUGACUUCAAGCAGGCUGACACGCCCCACCCCACCCGCAACCAGGACUCCAGGGAUACUGAUGACCAAGACUCUCCCCAUCCUUACGUCCCCCAGGAGAACUUCGAUCACUACUCGGAUGACCACACAGUCUAGGUUGACCACCACGCCAGGUUGGAUGUCCCACCUUCCUGUCACAUCUCCUCCCUUUCCUGUUAAAUUCCCGUGACGAAGGUCAAUCCUGUCCUGUCCGGAACUUCUUUUUUUUUUUUUUUUUUCCCUCCCCUGUGAACACUCAGGCACUUGUGACAAUGGUGGCACCUGGAUGCACAGCCGCUGUUUCUGCCCCAGCACUUUCUAUGGCUCCCGCUGCGAGUUUGCCGUGGAACAGAUGGAUCUGGGUGAGUUGCUGUCUGCACUUCUUCCUGGGAGGUAUCACUGACUCUCCCUGAACCCGGCCACUCUGCCUCAUCCCUUCAUCCCUCCCUUAUCCCUCAUGCUAUCGCCCCCCCAUAUCCUCCCCUCCAGAAGAGAGCUGGGGCCACUCUCUUCCCUGGGACUGCCUCCCAGUCUGGACUGCUGGGAGUCAUAUUAAUUCUAAUUUCUGCUGUGACAAAUUAUCAUAAAUUUAGCAGAUGAACAAUGCACACUUAUUACAUUUCUAUAGCAGUCCGGCAUGAGUCUUGCAGGGCUAAAAUCAAGGUGUUGGCAGAGCUGGGUUCUUUCUGGGGGCUCUAGGCAGGAAUCCAUUUCUGGGCCUUUCCCAGGUUCCCA